AUUUCCCGGGAAAUCGAUGUUUUAAUGCAUUGUUGCUGGAAAACAACACGAAACUUUCAAUAUUUGCAUUUAAUACUGCAAUCGAAAAUGAUCGGCCAGUCUAAAAUCUCGAACUUCUUCUCGCCAUCGGGCCAGAAUAAGAGGGCAUUUGGAGACAAAAACACAAAUGUAGAAACAGGUGAUGAAAUCACACCCAAGAAGCAGAGAUUGAAUGACUUCAACAUUGCCAACAGAUUAAACAAGACACCAAUACAGUCACCUAAAGCAUCUGGCAGUUCAGAUGAAGACCAGGAAAAUGCCCCUCUCUCCCCGGACCAGAGGCUCAAGAUUGAACAAAACAGACUGUCAGCAAAAAUGAUCAAGGCGUCCAGAGCAAGUCAUGGUCUAUUAACAAAUAUCGGUCCGUCUUGGUUCAAGGCAUUGGAGCCUGAAUUUUCAAAGCCUUAUUUCCUCAGGCUUGGUAAGAUGCUGGCUGAAGAACGUCAGAAGAACACAGUUUACCCUCCAAAGGAACAGGUUUUCUCAUGGACACAGAUGUGUGAUGUCAAUCUGAUCCAGGUUGUUAUCUUGGGGCAAGACCCUUACCACGGUCCAAAUCAAGCCCAUGGUCUUGCAUUUAGUGUGCGCAAAGGUGUCCCACCACCUCCAAGUCUGGUCAACAUGUAUAAAGAGUUGGAGAAUGAUAUACCUGGAUUCAAGAAGCCCAGUCAUGGGGACCUGACAGGUUGGGCAAGGCAAGGUGUCCUGAUGUUGAAUGCUUGUCUAACCGUCCGAGACCACCAAGCCAAUUCACACAAGGAUCAAGGCUGGGAGAAAUUCACAGAUGCAGUUAUCAAGUAUUUCAACAGCCAUCACAGUGGUAUUGUCUUUGUCCUCUGGGGAGGUUAUGCACAGAAGAAAGGCAGUUUCAUUAACACAAAAAAGCACCAUGUAAUCAAAGGACCCCAUCCGUCGCCACUUUCUGCUCACCGAGGAUUCUUCGGCUGCAAGCAUUUCUCCAAGGUGAACGACUGCUUAGAGAAGGAAAAGAAAACACCGAUUGAUUGGACACUGCUCCCUUGAAUAGUGUGACAUUAGUAGGCCUACUAGUGAUGACUUGCUAUUAAGGGCAUUUACGUUCUUUGACAUUGAGAUCCUUGAUAAAAGUGUGUCAGGAUCAGGGAUUACAAAAAAACUAAACAAUUUGUAACAUUUUAGAAAUCACAGGAUGAAAUAUUGUUCUUUUUUAAAAAAAAAAACGUCCAUUUAAUACUUUUGAUAAAAGUUGUGAAUUUUUCUAUGUCUUAUAAAUUUGAUCACCAGUAAGAGGACUGUCGCUUUGAAGUUUGAUGAAUGCCAGUUGUUUUGAGAUUUUACAUUGUUUUUGUACACAUUCUCCUCUCAAAUUGAACAUUCUGGUGAAACUCUUAAGGUCUUCUCUUUUGAAAGUGUUGAAGAUUUUGCUACAGAUAGAUGGUGAGAGAUCCACUGUUGAAAUUUCUGACUGAACACUGAACAUCAUUUUGAUCAUGGCCCAUCAGUCAGUAAAUGUUCUACCAGUAGCACCCAGCCAGCAUGUGUUGGCAUAUUCUGUAGACUAUUGAUUUGUAAGGUAAAUAACAUUAUGCACUCCUGACAUCUCUCAAACAAAAUGCCCUUCAGUGUACAGCAUACAUAUAUGAGUACACGAGCCAAUACUUGUGCCCCAGAGGGCAUGCUUUAUAGAAGAUUGGAAUGAUUUUGUAAAAUCAUGCUGAAAGUGUCCAUGAGAGAGUUGCAGAUUUUGAUCCGAAAACAAGGUUGCACUUUGACGACUGAUAUCGCAUUGCCUCUUAUCAGAAUUGCAAUGAAACUGUGUGCAUAUCACCGUGUUCUCUAAUCAACAUCUGACAUGUCUGAACCUCACUACUAUUUCAAGUUAGUUGAUCAUGAUGAAGUUCUGUUGGUCUUAGAAAUGAAUAAUUAUGAAAUCAUAUUGUCUCGAUAUUACUGCAAGUUUCGCAUCACUGCAUUGGUGUUCACGUUUUGUAAAACCAAAACACCUUCCAUGGUAUUUAUCAUUAUGGAAAUAUUUGUGCUUUAAUUAGUUUUUAUUUGUUUUUGUUGUGACCGUUAGUUUGAUUCUAUAUUGAUAUAUUUUGCCUAUACUUUCAUGCCUAUUGUUAGUUUGGUUCUACUUGAGUUAAUUCUGCGUGAAAAUUCCAUACCGAUGAUUGAUUCAAUUCAAUUCAAUUUAAAUGAGACUUAUAUAGCGCAAUUAUCCAAUAACGUAUGAGUGCUCGGCUGCGCUUUGAAAACAAAGUCACCAUAAUCUCGACUUCAGCACCUUUUUGAAUGUGCUCACAAUUGGAGCAUUUCGCACAUUCAUGUCUAGUCUGUUCCAGAGUUGCGUAGCAUACACCACAAAACUUCUGCCACCAUAUGAUGCCAGGCGGUACCUGGGUACUUGGAGCAAACCUAGGUUCUGGGACCUCAGGGAUCGGCUGGGUUCAUACAGUGGCACAAUAUCUGAUAGAUAGCAUGGGGCAAGGUCAGCUUUGCACUUAAACAAAAGGAGUGACACCUUGAAGUCAAUUCUUUGAGGAAUAGGAAGCCAGUGUAGCCUCCUGAGCACGGGUGUAAUGUGCUGGUCACGACGAGUUCGAGUUAUAAUCCUGGCUGCAUGAUUUUGUGUAAGUUGGAGUUUGUGCAUUAGGUUCUUGGUAAUGCCGGCAAGGAGGCUGUUGCAAUAAUCCAGUCUUGUCAACACAAGGGAUUGGAUCAGAUGUCUUAUAUCAGUAAUUUUGCAUCCUGCAUCUGGGUCAGUGACCAAAGCAAACUGACCCUUUUACUUUCAUAUCAAAUUCCUUCUUGUAAAUACUUGUAAAUGUUUUAUGAUUGUACAAACAAAAUUCAUUAGAUCACCUUUUGACUAUAGCUUUGUACAUAGUUAUAUAAAUAA